AUCGUAGGAUACUUAUAUAAAUUGAAGAUAACAUGUUCAAAUGUGCCAGAUUGUAUUUAUCGCUAUGAAUGCUCUCGCUGGUCUUAUAGUCUCGUGCCUGGCGUUUAACGCCUACGGUUUGCCGAGUUCGCAGAUUGCCGGCGGCAAAGAUGCUCUGGAUGGUUUAUAUCCUUAUCAGGCAUCAUUGAGAGAUUCAUUAAAUGGCAAUACAUAUUUUUGUAGUGGGGCCAUCAUCAGUGAGCACUAUGUCAUUACCACUGCGCAAUGUCUUACUGGGAGAAACAAAAAUCCAUUUAAUAUUAAUGUCGCUGUUGGAAGCAAUUACCUUGAUAAACCUUACGCGUUAUAUAAAGCAGCAGACGUCAUAAUACAUGCUGGAUACAAUAAAUUGUCAAAUCUUAAUAAUAUUGGUUUAAUCUAUAUACCGGAAACUAUUCCGCUUAAUCGUUCAGAAAAUGUCCAGCCGAUUACCCUGCCAAAUGCCGAUCGGAAUUAUGAGGAUUAUCCUCUUUUAAUUACUGGCUGGGGAAGACUCUGGAGCGGCGGUCCGAUUCCCAAUCAUUUGCAAGAGAUUAUAGCGAAAGGAUGUCCUGAAAAAACAUACAGUAGAAAUUUCAACGACAUUAAGAAACUAUGUACUUAUACAACGCAGGGUGAAGGGAUAUGCCACGGUGAUGCCGGCAGUCCAGUCGUUGCCGAUGGUGUUUUGGUUGGUCUCGUGUCCCACAAUUAUGCUUCGUGUGGUUUGCCACUUUCACAAAUUGUCGGUGGCAGCGAUGCUCCAAAUAACCUGUAUCCUUAUCAAGCAUCAUUGAGAAAUUCAAAAAACAAUAGGCAUUUUUGCGGUGGAGCCAUCAUCAGUAAGAAUUACAUUAUUACCGCAGCGCACUGUUUUAGUCAUCUCAACGAUCCAUCCGAUGUUCUUGUUGCUGUUGGAAGCAAUUAUCUUGAUGCACCUCGUAUUGUGCAUCAAGUAGCAAAUUUUAUACGACACGAUGACUUCGACAACUUCCUGUAUAUUAAUGAUAUCGGUCUAAUUCGUGUAGUGCAAGAUAUCGAAUUUAACAAUAAUGUACAACCGAUUGCCUUGCCAACUGCCGAUCCUAAUUAUGACGAUCGUGAUCUUGUAGUUACUGGUUGGGGAAGACUCCAGGCUGACGGUCCAAUUUCUAAUCAGUUGCAACGGAUUAUGGUAAAGGGAUAUUCUCAAACGAAAUGUAACAGACAUUACCAAAAUAGCAUCGUAGAAACUCAAAUAUGUACUCUUACGAUACAGGGUGAAGGAAUGUGCAACGGUGAUUCCGGUGGCCCGCUCGUUGCUGAUGAUGUUCUGGUUGGCCUUGUAUCUUUUGGUGUGCUUCCAUGUGGUAGCGGCAUUCCCGACGUGUUUACCAGGGUAUUUUAUUAUAGGACAUGGGUCAACUUUCAUACGGGGAUCUGAAUGACAUAGCAUGAAAUAGACCGAGAUAUGCCCAAAAUAUGAUCCAAACAUUUUCGAUUUUUAUCAUAAUGUACUUGUGCAUUUUUGUUCUCAAAAAAUUAAUUUCGUUCAAUUUUUGUAGACCCAUAUGCUUCAUUGUUACACUUGCAUAGUCAAGAUUACCUAUUGAUGGAUAUUACGUAUGCAGAAGAAUAGACGCGAUAAAAAAAAAAAUAUUGUUUUCAAGAUAAUAAUUAUAUCCACACGUACGGUUUUUUAUACACAUAUAUUUGUACCUACAAUUUUUUAUAAAUUAUCUUAUAUAUAUCGCGAUUAUGGAUAUCGCGGGCUUUGCGUGCCUUGGACGAACGGAGGAUACGCGUUGUAUCCAAUAGUCGGUGAAUACUGGCCGCACUUCGGAAAGUUUCUUGGCACUGGCGGAAUGUCCUCCUGGUUGCCGACUUUUAGAAGCAUUUCCAUGCCGACUGUUUGAUGAUAGAUGAAAUGACAGUGGAACAACCAGUAACCUACAAGAAAAUACGUAGUUGUUAAUCAUCUUUAUUUGUUUGUAGGUAUUUUCCUGAGAAAAGAAAAAUUAUGUAGAAGUAAAAUCGUUUAUAUUUUGCAAUUAUACUUACGUUAUAUAUUUCUAUAUUAAUAUGAACAUAUAAGAUGACACAAAAACUAUAUACGUAAAAAAUUACAAGAUAUAUGUUGACGAAGAUGGUACACUCUCUAUGUGUGUUUA